UCCUACUGCUGCUCCUGCUCCUGCUCCUGCUCUUUGCAAUCGCCUCCUCCACCUCAUGCUCGCGGGGGGAAGUUUUUUUUUUGUAGCCGUCUCCUUCGCCUCCUCUCCCAGACUGACUCUUUCGCCUUAACUCUGAUCUCUUUUGCUCUCCUUCUUCUUCCUCCCAUCCCGCCAGUGCCUCUGCACCUCUGGAAGUUUAUUCCUGCAGUUCUUCUUCCUCCUCUUCCUCCUCCCUCUCCCCGCCCAUUGCUCUUCUCCCCUCCUCCUCAAACAACCCCCACCCCACCCCCCACCUUCUAGUGGCUGCUGCAAGCUUGCUUCUUGGCAAGAGAUGUCGGGCUAAGGGCUGGGAAAGCCCCUGGCUCCGAGAGCAUUGGCCCUGCGCAAAGCUCCAUUGCAGCAGCAGCAGCCGUUCCAUGGGCGGCUAGCCCCUAGUCCUUUGCCCAGGGAGAGUUCCGGGGCACGCCGGCUGCACCGCCCCGCCCCGCCCCGCACCACCCCCGGGGGUUGUCUGACUGUCCGCCCGCACGACCAAGCUGGGCUGCGGCACUCCGUUUCACCUACACCUUACUCCAGGAUCCAGAGAGAUGAAACUGAGACAAACAGAAAUUAAGUGAAUUGCUCAGGAUCACACAGCUAGCAGGUGUCUGAGGCUGUAUUUGAACUCAGGUGUUCCUGACUACUGGCCCUGUGCUCUAUCUACCGCUUCUGGGAGCUGCUUCUAAAGUUAUACAAUGUUUGAUGGAGUUAUGAUUCUACCUGUUCUCAUGAUGAUAACUUUCCCCUCUCUUAGUGUGGAAGAUGAGGAACCAAAGUUGAAUUCAAAUCUGUAUAUGUGUGUGUGCGAAGGCAUAUCCUGUGGGAAUCAGGAUCACUGUGAGGGACAACAGUGUUUUGCCUCAUUGAGCAUAAAUGAUGGUAUUCAAGUGUACCAGAAAGGAUGCUUCCAAGUGUAUGAACAGGGGAAAAUGACCUGUAAGACUCCACCAUCCCCGGACCAAGCUGUGGAGUGCUGUCAGGGAAACUGGUGCAAUGGAAACAUCACAGCCCAGCUACCAACUUUAAAAGGAAAAUCCUUCCCAGGAGGAUAUUCACGAUUCAGCCUGGAUUAUAUGGCCAUCUUUAUAGGCCUCUCUAUAGCAGCGUGCCUUUUUGUUAUUCUACUGGUUGUGGGCAUUCGGAAAUUUAAAAAACGAAAUCAGGAACGGCUUAAUCCUAGAGAAGUGGAAUAUGGCACCAUUGAUGGACUCAUCACUACAAAUGUUGGCGAUAGCACCUUAGCAGAUUUAAUGGAUCAUUCUUGUACAUCAGGAAGUGGCUCUGGUCUUCCUUUUCUCGUACAAAGAACUGUGGCUCGUCAGAUUACACUCUUGGAGUGUGUAGGAAAAGGCCGAUAUGGAGAGGUAUGGCGAGGCCAUUGGCAAGGAGAAAAUGUUGCUGUGAAGAUAUUUUCCUCUCGUGAUGAGAAAUCUUGGUUCAGAGAAACAGAAUUAUAUAACACUGUAUUGUUAAGACAUGAAAAUAUUUUAGGGUUCAUUGCUUCAGAUAUGACAUCAAGACACUCCAGUACUCAGUUGUGGUUAAUUACACAUUAUCAUGAAAUGGGAUCAUUGUAUGACUAUCUACAGCUCACCACUCUGGACACAGUUAGCUGUCUUCGAAUUGUGCUGUCUAUUGCUAGUGGUCUGGCACACUUGCACAUAGAGAUAUUUGGAACUCAAGGGAAGCCAGCUAUAUCCCAUCGGGAUUUAAAGAGCAAAAAUAUCCUUGUUAAGAAGAAUGGACAGUGCUGUAUAGCAGAUUUGGGACUUGCAGUGAUCCACUCCCAGACCAACAAUCACCUAGAUGUUGGAAACAACCCCCGUGUGGGUACCAAGCGCUAUAUGGCCCCUGAAGUCUUAGAUGAAACUAUCCAAGUGAACUGUUUUGACUCUUAUAAAAGAGUUGACAUUUGGGCCUUUGGACUGGUCCUGUGGGAGGUGGCCAGGCGAAUGGUGAGCAAUGGUAUUGUUGAAGAUUAUAAGCCACCCUUCUAUGAUGUAGUUCCUAAUGAUCCAAGUUUUGAAGAUAUGAGAAAGGUAGUCUGUGUGGAUCAGCAGAGGCCAAACAUUCCCAACAGAUGGUUCUCAGAUCCAACGUUAACCUCUUUGGCUAAACUUAUGAAAGAGUGCUGGUAUCAGAAUUCAUCUGCAAGAUUAACAGCUCUGCGUAUCAAAAAGACUUUGACCAAAAUUGAUAAUUCCUUAGAUAAAUUGAAAGCUGACUGUUGACGUUUUCGUGGUGCUGUCAAGAUGGAAGAUUUUUUUGUUGUUGUUGUCAUUGUCCAGUCUGGAAAUAUGCUGAUCUGACGAUUUGUCAGAACUGAUCCCUUCCGACCCCCCAAAAAUGGCUUCUUAGACAAGAUGGACAUCUUAUCUAGCCAUCUCUUUGGGAGACGUUAAAACCACCUGAACCUCGCUCAAUGACUCUAAAAAUGGGCAUUUCACAAACUGUUCAGACUUCAGAGACUUGAUGCUGGAUGUACUGUUGCAAAAGAUGUGACCUGAAGGAACACAGAGAAAUUCGAAGACAAAGAUCUGGGCAUUAUGAUGAUGGCUUGGAGUUCUUUUCACAGGGCUCUUAGAUACUCCCCUUGGGGAACGCGAGGAUGUGGUAAAUUUUUAAUCAGCAAUAUUGCCUGUGCUUCUCUCCUUUAUUGCACUAGGAAUUCUUUGCAUUCCUUACUUGCACUGUUACUAUUAAUUUUAAAACCCAACUUGCCAAAAAAAAAAAAAUUGGCUCUGUAUUCCACUGAUCCGUCUGAAUAAUAGGAAUUCAAUUUGGCAAAAUGAAAUGUAACUGUCAGACUUCGCUGCAUUUUACACGUGCUGAUGUUUACAAUAAUGCCGAACAUUAGGAAUUGUUUAUAAACGACUUGGCAAAUUAUUUAUUACUAGUGCACUUAGCAGUUUUCACAAAACUGACUAGUGCAUGUUAAAGCUUAUUUUUAUGUGGUCUCAUGAUUUUAUUACACAAAUGUUUUUAACACUAUUAUCUGAAAUGGACAUUUUCUGUAUUAUCAGUUAAGAGUCACAUUUUAAGUGCUUCACAUUUGUAUGUGUGUAGUCUGUAAUAUAUUUUUUUUUUCAGUUCGUACGCAGAACAUAUUUAGCCAUUACCCACAAGACACCACCGAAUAUCUUACUGAUUUAGAAACAAUUAAAGAUUUCAGUAGAACUUUAGUCCUGAAUGCUGUGGGGGGGAAAUGCAUUUUCUUCUGAAUUAUACAUUAUGUGCAUUUAAACUCUGCCAGAAAAAAAUAACUAUUUUGUUUUAAUCUACUUUUUGUAUUUAGUAGUUAUUUGUAUAAAUUAAAUAAAAUGUUUUCAAGUCAAACAAUGAAA